GUUGAGACCAGAGCUGUGUGACGAUGAGUAGGCCGGUGCUUACAGUCUAUGAGCUUCUACAGUUAUCUACAAAGGAGCAGAACAGGCGUCUUCUGGUGAGGCUCUAUAGGCUGAGUCACCAGCUGCCCAAGAGGAAGUAUCAAGAUGUAUACGGCCGGCUCAUAAGACAGAGAUGCCUAAUACCGUAUGAGAGGAGACUAGAACUGGUGUUAAAUAAGCAGAGCACCGAGCUCAACAAGGAGCAACAACUCCAGAGAAGGCUGAACACGCUGGCGUUCCUCGAAGAUGCCCUGCUGCGUAGAGAUGGGUCUAAGCAUCGAAUAGUGAUGAAUCUUCUAGAGCACGAACUGAGCAAAAGGGUGUACAUACUGCGCCAUGUAAAGGCCUCGCCGGCCCUGGAGAACAGCAUGGAUCACCUGCACUACUGGGAGCCCGGUAAUCCACUGUACAACCAUGAUCUGCUGGCCAGCACAAGGCUCUUCGAUCAGUGCCUAAUGAUGGCUAAUGAAUCGGCGCAGAUGGAGCUUUGAACGACAGCCGGCGACGAACAACGCUGCAAUUGGCCGAACAGCCACGAUAUCUACCCUUAUAUACUGGAUCCAGGACAUGUACAUACCU